AUGCGUCAUCCGUACGCCCUGGUGCCCGACUCCCGACCGCCCUCUCUGUGCUCUGUCCACUCGCGCUCCUGCACUCCAGAGCCCCGGAGUCCACCACCACCACAGCCGAACAGGAGGCCUCCCACCCUUGACCGGAGUGUGUCUGUCCCGGCCCUGCGGUCCGUCAUCCCGCUCGGUGGGAUUUACCCCCUCCCUCGCACGCCCGCGGCUGUAGACACGAAGAAGGCAAAGAGGGGGCAUUAUGUGAAGCACUCAAGCAGAGUCACGCUGCUGUUGAGCGAACAGGACGAAGGUGCGGAGGUGCCGGCGUACUCUACCGGGGAUACGAUCGAGGGCAUCCUGGCAAUCGCCCGCUCGUCUGGUCUUCUCGCGCUGGAGGUGAAGGUGGAAGGGACUAUCUUGAUAGAAGAACUCGGCGGAUCGGGGACGCGGACCGUCAAGGUCGUAGACGAGCUGGUGUACUCCUGGAUACCCUCUCGGAACGGGCCCUUUCCGCCUCAAGCGUCCUUCCGGUACACUUUGCCCACGACGUUCCGCGACCCCGACUCUGGCAACCGCCACCCACUCCCGCCAACAUAUAGCGCGCGGCUCGACGGGAUCCCCGGGUUCAGGGUGACCAUCGCAUAUGUUGUCGCGGUCAAUCUCACGCGCAUGCGCGAAGCGGCAUCGCUCUGGCGCGGCGUCACGAAUAUGAGAGUACCCUUUCGGUGCAUCCAUCGAACGCGACCAGCGCUACAGGGGCCCUUCCCAAGCCUCUCGCAAAAGACGGAAGACAAGCCGCGAACACUGUUUGCCUUCCGCCUCCGUCCGUGGCGCGCGGGCGCCCCGGUCAUCAAAGUUCACGUGUACCUGCCGGCAUCACAAGUAUGCAGCGCACAGGAACCGAUCCCCUUCCACGUCUCGCUCCUCGCGGACGAGCUCACGCUCGCGCCGUUCGCGGAGUACCGCCCGCCCGCAACGUCAUUCCUCUCGCUCUCCACGUCGGUGUCCGGGUCGAAUACGUCCAGCGAGUCUGUUGCCAGUUCAGGGCGGAUGCCAUUUCUCCCGCUGGCCGUGCGUAAGCUGCAGAGGGCGCAGCGGUGUCCACUCAGGAUACAAGUGCAGCGGACGACGGUGGUAGAUACGCAACAGAGCCACCUGUACUGUUCGGAGUGGAUUGGGCAGGGCGUGGUGCAUAACACGAGCAGGCGCGCGAACACGGUGGUGUGGUCCGGGGCGAUCAUCAUUCCGCCACGCGCGGCCGGGCUUGGGGGCGGGUUCGAGGUGGAUGGGAUGAAGGUCGUCGACAGCAUCGUGCUCUCGAUCGAGCCCCCGUCAGGAAGCAGACCGCAGUACAUCCCGUUCAGCGAGAAUGUUCCUCUGCGGCUCACCUCGGACUCGUUUGCGUGUCGGAAUGCGAUGCCUGUAUCACCAUUAGCAUCAUGA